GCUGACGGGGCUGCCUUGCAGAACGUGGGCUGUGACUACGAGAUCGACUCCAACGCGGUGGAGGACCGGUGCGGCGUCUGCCACGGGGACGGCUCCACCUGCCACACCGUCAAGAAGACCUUUGAGGACAGCGAGGGGCUGGGUUACGUUGACAUCGGGAUUAUCCCCGUGGGAGCCCGGGAGAUCCGCAUUGAAGAAGUCGCAGAAGCUGGGAAUUUUCUGGCGCUGCGGAGCGAGGACCCGGAGAAGUAUUUCCUGAAUGGUGGCUGGACCAUCCAGUGGAACGGGGACUACAGGGUGGCGGGAACCACCUUCACCUACAAGAGAACAGGGAACUGGGAGAACCUCACGUCCCCAGGGCCCACCGUGGAGCCCGUGUGGAUCCAGCUGCUGUUUCAGGAGACCAACCCUGGCGUGCGGUACCAGUACACCAUCCAGCGCCCGGCCGACAGCGAGAACGAGAUCGAGCAGGCAGAGUUCCUCUGGCGCUUCGGCUCCUGGACCACGUGCACCGCCACGUGCGGCACCGGGGUGCAGCGGCAGGUCGUGCACUGUGUGGAGAAGCUGGCUGGCAUUGUGGAGGAGCGGUACUGCGACGCGCUCUCCCGCCCUGAUGACAAGCAGAGGACAUGCAGCGAGGAGCCCUGCCCGGCCAGGUGGUGGGUCGGUGAAUGGCAGAAAUGCUCGGCCACCUGCGGCCAGUGGGGGCUGAUGAAGAGGACAGUGCUCUGCAUCCAGAGCGUGGGGCUGGAUGAGCAGAGGGCCUUGCAACAAGCAGAUUGCCAGCACCUCUCCAAGCCAGAUGCCACCGCACCCUGUCACCGGGAGGUCCCUUGUCCCUCACAGUGGGCUGUGGGCAACUGGUCUGAGUGCUCUGCCACGUGUGGCAAUGGGACACAGCGGCGCCCAGUUUACUGCAGCAACAGCACUGGAGCUGCUUGUGACCCCUCAGCAAGACCCAGCUCGGAAAAUAUUUGCUCCUUGCCACAGUGCCAGAAGAAAUCAGACAAUGCCAACAUGGACUGGUCUGGCAGUGGCUCCUCCAGCAGAGAGAUAUUCAAUGAAAUCCAUUACAUCCCCAGCAACCACAUUGCUAAAUUUAACCCCUUAAUUCCAAGCAUUCCAGAGUCCAACGAUGUCAAUAUCAUCACCGAGGAGGACUUCUCAACCAAGAAGGGAAAUGUCUUUGUGGAUGAUUUUUACUAUGAUUAUAAUUUUAUCAACUUUCAUGAGGAUCUGUCCUACUAUCCCUUCAUGGAAAAGGAGACCAAAGAGGAGGAGCAUAAACCAGAGCUGAGCCCCAACGACGUGGAGGGGUCCCGUGAGAUGCCCACUGAUGUCCUGCACACUGUCAAGCCGGGAGGAGGAGUGAGUGAGGACCAUCUGGUGACCAGGAAAGCAACCACUUCUGCUCCUGCGUAUGGGGAAGGAGAGAUGGAGCCUGGGGGUUUAGCCACGAACAACCUCCUGAGUGUAAUCCCUGAGGAUGUGGGGACAGCUGCUCCCAAAUAUGCCAUCCCUGACUUUGUGGGUGAGGGAGAGGACACAAUGCUGGUGUCCCCCUCUGAGGACCACCUGCCCACCCAAAGCACCACAAGUCAUGAUUCUGCAAACAGCCACGACCCCCAGCCCCCAGAUGAACCCUGGGGAGCUGUGCUGAUGGGGACAGGCCCUGGGCAGGAUGCUCCAGCCCAUGGCCUCGCUCCCUGGGCUCUUUCCCCCCCCCCAGCCAGUUCCCCCCCACCAGUGCCCACUGGCAGGGACAGCGCUGGCACAGCCCACGCGUCCGACAGGCUGGGAGAGCCAGGGAGCCACGGCGAGGAGCCGGGGGGCACCAGCAGUGAGGAGCACGAGGUGGCCAGCUCUGGGGGGAGAGACUCGAGGGAAAUGGGUGUUGUUGUCACUGGUGAUGCUAACAGUGCUGUCCCUGAGAGCAAGGAGCAGGAAGGGUGGGCAGCAAUGCCGGUGCUGGAGGGGACAGUGGGCACACACGCAGCGCCCGCGGCCAGCGAGCGAGCCCACGGGGCAGAGAGGGCAGCCAUAGCCACAACCCUGGCUCACAGCCCUCCCGUGCACCCGGUGGGAUCAUCACCCUCCGAGUCCCCCUCAGCGUGGUGGACCAUGGGGAUGUCCCACCACCUGGAGCCAGCAUCACCCCAUGCACGACCAACCUCGCACGGAGCCCCAGUCAGCAGCACCGCACCGGGGGAGCGUUUCCCGUGGGCAACCCCAGGGACAUCUGCCUUCAGGGAUGGGGAGCACCAGUUAUCCCAGCCCACCCCUGGCCCCCCGCCGCUCUGGGGGAUGGAAGAGAGGGAGAUGGAGGAGGCUUUGCUCCCACCAGUGACCACUGCAGCAGCCACAGCGAUGCCCAGCUGGGAGGUCGGGAACUGGAGUGAGUGCUCGGUCACCUGCGGCGUGGGCGCGAUCUGGAGAACCGUGCGCUGCAGCACCGGCAGCGACGACGGCUGCGCCGAGGUCAGCAAACCCGUCCCAGCUCGGAGGUGUUCCCUCAGACCCUGUUCCUCGUGGCGUGUGGGGAACUGGAGUAAGUGCUCCAGGAGCUGUGGUGAGGGGAUGAAGGUUCGGGAUGUACAUUGCGUUGACACCAGAGACCAGAGGCUCUUACGACCCUUCCACUGCCAGGCUGUCCUCUACAAACCGCCAGUGCAGCUCCCCUGCCAGAGCCCGCCGUGCCUGGACUGGUACACGUCCUCCUGGAGAGAGUGCUCGGAGUCGUGCGGUGGCGGGGAGCAGGAGCGGCUGGUGACGUGCCCGGAGCUGGGUCGCUGCGAGGAGACACUACGGCCCAACACCACCCGGUCCUGCAACACGCACCCCUGCACCACCUGGGUGGUGGGAUCCUGGGGAGAGUGCACGGCUCCCUGCGGCGGGGGCAUCCAGCGGCGCCAGGGCAAGGGCAUCAACACAAAGACGGGUCUGGCCGAGGAGGACAGCAGCCUCUGCGACCACGAGCCCUGGCCUGAGAGCACCCAGAAGUGUAAUCUGCAGGACUGCGAGAGCUCCGAGGCGGGCUUCGUCUGCGAGCGCGACCGCUUGACGUUCGGCUUCUGCCAGCCCCUGCGGGUCCUGGGAACGGGGGAAAGGAAGGACUGGGAGUAUUUUAAACAGCUACCUCGGCUGGUUGAUGGGGAGAUGGGUGACCAGGAGAUGGGCAACCACACGGGUGACCAGAUGGGCAACCAGGAGGUGGGUGACCAGGAGAUGGGUGACCAGGAGAUGGGCAACCAGGAGACAGAUGAGUGGGACGUGGGCAACCAGCAAAGGGGUGACCAGGAGAGGGGUGACUGGCAGCAGCAUCCUGGCAGUCAGCAGCAGGAUGGUGCUUGCAAAGACUUGGAGACUCCUCCUGAUUGCAGCAUCACAGGAGAACCUGCAUGA